AUGCAAAUAUUUUUUCGAAACCGGACGCGCAUUUUGCUCUACUCCAUUCAACCUCUUAAUAUGAUGAGUAGCUUUGAUAAUUAUGAGAGACAAAUUCAGCGUCUAGCAAGAAUAAGGGGUCCAGGGAAACGUGUGAUUCAAGCUCAAAAAUUGGAAAUUGUUGAUGACCCACAAUCAACAUUAGAGGAUGAUAACACGGGUGCUCAAAGUACUGGAGCUCCCCAUGUUGAAGCAGAGCAUGAAAGUCUAUCAUCUGAAGUGAAACUGGAUAUUCACACUCCUUCACAGAGACGUAAAAGAGGUAGGCCGAAGAAGAAUAGAGCAGCUGGACGCAAGCGACGUUCAUCGGUCAAGCCAAUGCAUGAUUCAACAUCAUUGCGCAGCAGUGAUUCUGAGACACCACUUGAUGCUGUAUUAACUGAAAUUCCAGUUUUGGCCCGUGAAUCACUGAAACAAAUUCGCCAGUUUCUGGCAAUGCCAUUCACUAUUGAUUUGGAUCCAAUUCGAGAGUUCAUUCUUAGUGAAAGUCAUCAUCAAGGAGAUGGAAUUGAACAGCUUGUAGACAAAAAAGCAAUUGGUGCUUUGGAAAUUCUACGAAGCUUGAUCGAUGAUUUCAAAACAGAUGCUCCUUAUAUUGAUCAAUUCAAGAAUCACGUCUUAGAAGCAAUUGAUCAACUUCGAGACAAGACGGCACACCUCAAUCAAACAGCAAUGUACAUCUCAAAGAUACAAAAGGAAAAAGCUAAACUACGACAAAUGAUUGUGGAGCUGAAGCGUCAAAGCAAACAAAUAGCAACGGAAUUGGCUGGAAUGAAAAAGAAAGAGAGCAAAAGCAAAUUCGAACAUGAUUGGAUUACGUCGAUACACGAACGAAUGAACACUUUGAAACAACAAGUACAGGAGAGCGCUCCUCCAACGCAGAAUUACCUGGAUACCGUUGAAGGGCAAUUGAACAAUUUAAGAUUGCUUCUUAACCCCGAAGUAGGGGUUGCUUCGAAAUUGAAUGUUGUUAAUGAAAAAUUAAAAGAAAAGGAGGCAGAACUUUGA